AUGAUAAGGAUAAACGAAGGAACCAUUUUAAAUGAUAAGUAUUCCCCAAACGCCCUUAUAAAUUACGAUGAAAAGGAUUGUAUACAUAAUAAAUUAGGUUCAUCUUUUCUUAAAAAUUACACAUUUUAUUAUUUGAAAAAUAAUGUAUUAAAUAAAGACAGUUUUGAUUUGGCAUUACAAAACUACAAACAUUUUUUCGAAAAUAAUAAGACCUUAUGUAUCCUUUCAAUUUUAAAUAUUUUAAUCAUUUUAUUUCCCCUUUUUUUAUACCUUAUAUUUUCUAUUGUUAUGAUACUUCCCGUUUUCUUUUUAUUAUGUUCACUAUUUUUUUGUAUGCUCCCAUUGAUAUACCCACUUAUUAAGGAUAAUAUUCAAAUAAAGAUAAAAGAAGAAAUAAUUUUUUGUUCAAGUAUAACUGCAGGAUCAUUCUUUUUUUUCAUUUCCAUAUUCUUUAUAUAUUUAAUACCUUUUAUUAACUUCUUUUUAUAUCCUUUUAAUGCUAUAUUUAUGCCUCUUGUUUCGACCCUCAUUUUACCCUUAAUCUUAUUUAUAAAUAUUUUAGCAUGUGUUAUUUAUUUAUUUCAAUACACAGAGGUAUUGUUGAGCAUAAAAUGUACAACAAAGAAUGUUUUUAGAAAUGUCUUAUUAAAAAUGUCCUAUUAA